GAAACUGCAGCAGUCCUCAUUAAAAUUCCCCGUCCGUACACUCGCCACUGAAAACCCUCCUGUAGUGGGUGGCACCGGCGUCCUGCGCGCCUUAAUUGCGCACCAGGCUGUAACCAGCGCUCACGGAUCAGUGUGGCCGUGGAUCAAAAUCACGCUGCCUGUGUGGCGGAGUUUCCUUCACUCCCUCCUCUCCUGAUAUUUAACCACGUCGAGGCUGAGAGAGACGGACGAGAAGUGAGUCCUGGAGGUCCAGCAAAGGGUGGCGCCCUGCGCAUCUCAUCCAGCGCCUGGACACGCGCUGUGACGCUUUCCCACGGGCAGUGUGCGGGGGGGAGACCCACAGUCAGUCACAGUCCUGCUCCUGCUGCUACUGCUGCUGCUGCUGCUGGAGCUUCACUGGCUUCUUGUUGCGGCACAUGGUUGUGACAUUUCUCGCUGUGGACUGGGAACAUGUGCGUGUGGAUGGUGUGAAGUGUGACACAGCUGCUCUCGGCUUCUCUCGGAUACGACGAGUACCCGACGCUACGACGCACCUUGUGAAAUAUAGAGAGCCAUGAGCACUGUGGAGGAGGAGCCGGAUCACAUGAUAUCAUGAAGACGAGCCUGCAGGUCCUGCGCUGCCAGCUGCUGAGUGUUCUAGCAUUUCUAGCACUGCCAGCGGCACUGGUGUCGUCAGCACAGGAGCUGCACCUCAGUCAGAUGUCCCGGGACUCUGUUUCCAUGGCAGCUGCACAUAGCAACCCCCUUUCUCCCCCCGCUACACCCUACCUUGACUCGCAUCAGGAAGGCUCCAGUAGCGGAGAGCAGUCAUACAAAGGAAGUACUCAACCUACAAAUAUCAUCCUUCCUACUGGUGUCCUCUACCCUUCAACCAGGCUUCACACCACCAGCCAUGUUCUUGAAGAACCUCCCGUUCAUGACACUGUCACUCCAAACACUGAAAGCUGGGUUAAUCAGCCCCAAGACAUGGCAUCUGCUCCCAGAGGAGAUCCAAACCCUCUGGCUCUUAUGUCCAGCUCUGGCUUAGUUGGAGGAGAUACAUUUGCUGCACAGCACAUCGGUCCACAGAAGUUGAGUGUGAACGAGCCCACUGACCCCAGUCAUCAUCUCCCAGAUCUACAUUCCCCCUCAAUAUACCUGUCAUCGCUCAGUAGUGACCAUGCUCUUGGUCUGAAACUCUGGGGGCAUCCGCGAGAUGUUUCCCAGUUGGCUGCACGCCACACCAUCACCGCGAGGGAGGUUCAUCCUACAAGCGAGUCCCCCACAGGUGAGCUGACAGUAGAGACAGGGUCUGCUCCUCCACUCGAGAACCCAUCAGAGAAUCAAACUUCCACUGUGUCCACCCCAACUCUGUCCACUGAGCAGAGCCUCAAAACACCGGAUCCCACAGUCGUCUCAAACAACCACUCGGCAUCCAAUGAGUCCACCACCGCCGAGGGCCAUGUUGAGGUUUUCCGGGGUAACGUCACAGACAAUCCCCCUCUUGGGCAGCAGAUAGGGAAUUUAACUACACAUGUUUCGCUGCUCUUGAACAGCAGUGCAGUCGAGGAGGUGCCAGCUAAGGGGAACACUUCAGAGGCCUCUUCCACAGCCAGCAAGAACUUCCUAAACAAGCAGGGUCCUGCGACCACCCAGGAACCCUGGACUCCCGACAACAGCUCAGACCCCACCGCCAACUCCCCGCCCGCCCGCAUGACUAUCUGCUUGAGCCGGAUGGACUUUGUGUGGAUCGUGCUUGCCAUCAGUGUGCCUGUAUCCUCAUGUUCCGUGCUGCUGACUGUGUGCUGCAUGAGGAGGAAGAAGAAGUCGUCCAGUCAUGAGAACAACCUCAGUUACUGGAACAACGCCAUCACCAUGGACUACUUCAGCCGGCACGCCGUGGAGCUGCCCAGAGAAAUACACACACUGGAGAGUGAGGACCAUGACUCCUGUCUACCCCCUAAUGGAGACUACAGUGGCAGCAGCAUGGUCCUGGUUAAUCCUUUCUGCCAGGAGACGCUCUUCAUCAACAGAGAAAAAGCCUCUGCCAUCUAGAGACAGAAAACCAGAGACACUGUCCGAGUCUCCUCCACCUACAACCCCCUGCCGUGGCGGUCUAUUUUAUAUUUGUGGUAAAUAUUCAGAGACUUUGACUUUAUACUGUAUAUUAUAAAAACAAAGAGCAACCUGAGUGGAGUGUGAUGUAAACAGAUAUUGUUUACAGCGAGGAUGCACCUGCAUAUUUUUCUGAUGUACAUUUUAUAAAAAAAAAAGAGAGAAAAGGUUUAAUUGUGAUAAAUAAAUAAAUAAAAAAGGUUUUUAUUGUCUUUAUAAAAUACAGAAUAUUUGUGGUAGUGUGACGGUGAGUGAGACAGAGAAAUGUGCUAUGAAAACAUUUAACGCUGUAAUUUUCCUUUUCCUUUAUAAAAAUCAAUCCCAAAAUACUUAUAGCCUGUUGAACUUGAAUAUCACACCUAUAAUAUUUUCUUGGGGGGAGCGGAGAUAAGUCGUAAAAUAUUGUUUAUGAUCAAAUCAGGGUCUGUAUUUAUCAAAUAAUUGAGCCAAUACAUUUAAAAAGAGUUUUGAACAGCCAAUCAGAGACGAGAGACAGAGUUGUGAUCAUUUAAAAAUGUGAUUUUCAUUUGCAAGAAGAAGAGGAAUCUUGUGCUUUUAUAAAAGACAAUAAUUUGUCAAUAUAUUAUGUGUAAAAAAUUACACAAUCUGCUUUGCAAAUACAGGAUAGGCCUAUGUACAUUAUAAAUGAAGAUUAAACGAUAGGAAAUUAACAAAUUUGAUAAAUAUAAACCCAGAUUUUACUGGUAAAUGUGCGCGGAUUAUUUGUGCAGGAUUUAUGGUUCCACAUCUGGUGGUAGUUGUGAAAGAUCUGUAAGUGAUCCCCCCCCCAUGUGUCACCAGCUUCUCUUAAGAGGGACCACAUAGAUGUCUUAAUUCUUUAUGUUGGCCCUUUAUUAUACCAGUGUAUGUGUAUGGAUGCCUUUGUUCCAUGCAUGUACGCAUACUGUGAGAGUGUGUGGACAAUUGGUUUAGAAUGUGCUCCGGCCCCUUAACCAAAUAUCAUUUUUCCUUUCAGUCAAACAAGACUGUAUCACUCAGUUGUAUCUGUUUUGUGUGUGCUUCUGUUUGCGCGUGCGUGCGUGUCCCUGUAUGCGUGUCUGUCUUGUCCGUGUCGUGGAGUCGCUACUUAGCCCAGUUUGAGAAAUAUUUUCUCAGUGCCAUAGAAAACAAUUAGACCCUCUUUUGCUACUGUGAGUGUUUCCCAAAAAAAACAAAAAAAAACAGAAAAGCGUAAAUGAAUGAUUUUUUUUUUUUUUCCUGGACCACAUUAUAGAGUAUGUCUUAGAAGUCAUGACCAAUGAAAAUCACGAGACAAAAAAUGUACAGUAUGCUGAAUAUUAACUGUGAGCACAUACAGAGGCGUUUGAAUAUUUCUUUUUUUUAAUUAUUGAACCUGUGGCCCUUCUGUCAUUUGUUUUUACUUUGCAUUGCUGCAGUUUUUAAUCCAAUAAUCAAUGCUGCCUGCCUUUAUUGUCGCUAAAGAUUUUCUGCAUUGUGCGAUGUUGUUCUAAAAUCCCUGAGUCAAGCAGCGGUGGGGAACAACACAAUUAAACAUAUUGAUAUUUCCUGCAUUGGAUGCUCACGGGUGGGCUUGUUGUUUUGCACGCUCAAUAAAGUGUUUAUUUUACCAAAACGUUCAGUGGCACGGUGGAGCAGUGUUCAACAUUAUGUAUUUUUUGUACUGUAGUAUACACUGUACUUUUUACUGCUGAGCAAUAAAACUAAAUUUAAAAAAACA